AUGGAGCUUUUUCUCUUCCAUUUUCGACAGACUGGGAGUACCCUAGAGCAGGUGUUCUUGGGGACCAAGGCCUUCGGAACCAUCGAACCGGCCAAUUUGGAGGCUAUGCUGGCUACUAACUUCAGAGAUUACAGUAUGGGCCUAAGACGAGACAUUACAUUUCCCAUGUUCGGAGACGGCAUUUUCACCCAGGAGGGGGCGGCCUGGAAACACUCGCGAGAACUGCUCAGGCCACAAUUUGCCCACAAGCAGUAUGACGAUCUGGCCGUCAUUCGCGACGCCGUAGACGACCUCCUAGAUGCCAUCCCAAGGUCAGAAGGGGUUGUCGAUCUACAGCCUCUCUUCUUUCGAUUGACCCUUGAUACCACCACUGCAUUUCUAUUUGGAGAAUCUGUUCGAAGCCUGAGGGCGCCCGACACCGCGGGCGAGCAGACAUUUGCCGAUGCCUUCAACAUUGCACAAGAAUACGUGGCAAAGCGAUUUCGGCUCCUAGAUCUUUACUGGUUGAUUGGUGGGAGGAAAUUUCGGGAAGCAUGCGAUAAUGUUCACCGGUUUGCAGAUCAGAUUAUUGAGAAAAACCUGAAGAUCAAACAAGACAGCGCGGAUCAGGCAGAGAAAGAGAAAUACACCUUUUUGAGCGCCGUCUCCAUGGAGAUUCCGGAUCGAGAUGCCCUCCGAAGCCAAAUCAUCAACAUCCUGGUGGCCGGUCGAGACACUACGGCCUGUCUCCUUUCAUGGACAUUCUUCACAUUGGUCCGGUAUCCCAGAGUUCUGGCCAAAUUGCGAGAAGAGAUCGCUCAGACGUGUCAAGGAAGGCCUGACUUGGACAGGAAUGAUCUCCGGAACAUGAGCUUCCUCAACAAUGUUGUCAAGGAGACGCUUCGUCUCUACCCCUCUGUUCCUGUCAACACCCGCACGGCCACAACAACGACAAUCUUACCCACUGGCGGUGGCCCGGACCGCAAGUCUCCUAUCCUUAUUCCCAAAGGCUCUGCUGUCGCCUACAGUGUCUAUUCAAUGCACCGUCGCCCGGAUCUCUAUGGGAUGGAUGCCGAGAUCUUCCGUCCCGAGAGAUGGGAUGAAGACAUGCCAUUGUACCACGAUCCCACACACGCCAAAUGGGGCUACCUACCGUUCAACGGUGGCCCACGGAUAUGCUUGGGCAUGGAUUUUGCCCUAACUGAAGCCGCAUACACCAUCGUCCGAUUAAUCCAACGAUUUCCCGUGAUCAAACUGCCGCCGACCGAAAUCGUGGAGCUGACCGGGGUUGAGAAGCAGACAAUGACACUGGUCAUGUUUAUCGCGGAAGGUUGCAAGGUGGAACUGCACUCAUGA